AGGGUCCUGUAGGGCGGUGUUCUCCGGCCCAGAAAAAGUGCGAUUGGGGCGUGAGAGCCACAUCUGGAGUAGCAGCGAGCGAGGAAGACGAAGGCGCUCGAGUUCGACGGGAGCAAAGACCUCAACCAUUUUCUCUCGCCCCCGCACCUUCCCUCCACGGAAACGUUGUCUUUUUAAAUACUUGAAAAUGCUGCUCAUCCUGCUUGGAGUGCUCAUUUUGCACCUGAUCAUCCUCAUCCUUCUCAUUGUGUCCACAGCAGCAAGUGCCUGGACUGUCGGUGGCAAUGUCAGCAAGGACCUGUGGUACAACUGCCUGACCAAUGAUGUCAUCUACCAGUGCACUCCAGCCAGCGAUGAAGACUGGAUCCAGGCGGUGCAGGCCCUGAUGAUCCUGGCCGUGCUCUUCUGCUUCUUCUCGCUGGUGGCCUUCGUCUUCCAGCUGUUCAAACUGGUGAAGGGCGGUCGCUUCUUCUUCACCGCCAUCUUCCAGAUCUUGGCCAGUCUGUUUGUGAUGUGCGGCGCCAUCAUCUACACGGUGAUGCGGACGGACGACUUGCCCGGAGCGCAGUUCGGCUACGCCUACGUGCUGGCCUGGGUGGCGUUCCCGCUCUGCCUCAUCAGCGGCCUCAUUUACAUCGUGCUGCGGAAGAAGGAGUGAGGGAGGCAAAGCGCGGCGGAAGAACACAACGGGGGAGGACGAAGAGCGCGAGGAGGGAGAGGAGGCGUCGCACUGUGCCUACUGCCCACAGACCAACACCAAACGAACUGACAUCACGACGAGAGCGCACGCGUCGCCCAAUUGCGUGUCGCGUUCCAAAGUACAAGAGAUGUACAUAGCGUCUGUGGUUUUUAGACAUAUUUAUAGCAUUUUUACAUUUACGUGUUGUACAUAGUGUUGUUAACAUUGUCUCCUCGUUGUUAAGAAGAGUGUGUGUCUCUCACACGUCAUGCAGCUGUGCCAAAGAAGUGUCGCUUUGUUCGCCAGAUAUUAUGCUUCCUGUUUUUUUGUCUAUUUUUUUUUCUUUUAUGCUUUGAAUAAUGUGCCUUAGUUUUUAAAAAAAGAUGUUCUUCCUGAAGGAAUGCUUAGCAAUUUUUCAAAUGUUUUUUUCUGUAACUUGAUACUCGAAAUGAAGAUGUUGCAUUUUGAUAAAAUGGUGCCUUUUUUUUUUUUACUAUUCUUGAAAUGUGUAACCUCUUUCAUGUCUGUAUCUACUCAGCAAGCGUGUCAUUCCUGUGAUUCAUUCGUUUCAAGUAUUGUCAGUAUUCUUCUAAAUAAACCUUCACUGAUUAAAAACAA